CAAAUCUCGAAGCAGGCCUAGCAAUACCACUGUGAUUUUUCAAGAUUCGAACGGUCUUGGCUUUGCCACGUAAGACUGUCUUAUCGUGUUUCUCGGUAAAACAUGAGUUGCUCUCAACAAAAGAAUCAGGACUAAGUGCAUGACAGAAAGGUAGAAAGCGAAAUGUGUUAUGUUGGGAUUGAUGUGCAGAGUGCGGUGGAAUAAAGAAUGUUACAAUAUUCUUGGUAUCCCGCCACAAGCUUCUGUAGUAUUCUACCAGUUGUUCAAGCCGAAAUCGAUGCCCGCUUCUUUUUCGUUUUUCCUCCGGUCCUUGUACAUCUCCAGCGCAUUCUUUCUCUCGGUUCGAUCCGAUCCCGCCGCCGCAAUGUCCUGGGCCUGGGCAAAGAAUUCGUCGACGACGUCCUGGGAUUCUUCUUGAGCGUCCUCGAUCGGGUCUGAAAAAUACCGGUUUCCCAAUCCGGCGCGAUCCCCCCCGAUUUCGAUCUUUGGGAUUCCGUUGGCCCUGCGCCAGUCGUUCGAGUCCCUGAGGGAAUACGAGCAACCACAGUAUUCUUGCUUGUAAAACUUGUUCUCUGCCGAUAUUUGGUAUUUUCGCAGCGUCAUUACAUCCGUUUGCCAGUCUCGGUACCAGUAGGUGAGACCCUCGUAGCGAGCCGCCGCCCGGAUCCCCGAUCCGUCCACCUGUUUCGCAUCCUUCCACCGGGAGGUGGCAUUUGUCGUGGCAAUGGCAUCGAAUCCAUUCUCGUGUGCGUAGAGGGCAGUUCGUUCCAUCCGCAUGUCGAAGCAUUCUGUACAGCGAUUUCCCCGCUCUGGGUCGAACUCCAUCCCCUUCAUGCGUUUGUACCAGUUGUCGGAAUCGUAGUCGCAAUCGACGAAUUCGAUGCCUAGGCAUUCGGCAAACCGCUUGUUUUCUUCCUUGCGGAUCAUAUAUUCUCGCCUCGGGUGAAUGUUGGGGUUAUAGAAAAAGAUCACGACCUCCAGCCCGUACUUCUCUGUGUAGCUAAGCAUCUCCUCCACCAUGGCACCGCUGCAGGGUGCACAGCAACUGUGUAGCAGGAUUUUCGAUAUCCCUUCGGGGGGAGGAUUGUCAUAUAGACCUGCCCGUCCCUUUUCUGCCAUGCGCUCCUGGAUCCGUUGGCUAGCGGCGACCGCCCAUUCGGGUGCGUUCGAGGGAAGCGCUCCCCCCUCGCUGUAUUUCAACUCCGGCAUUUUAUGCGAAGGAAGGGGCGUCAGUUAUUCGCAAGGAAACAAUUGAGCUGAUUGUAGGAAAACACCGAAAUGGAAAAUGGUAGCUGAUGCUGUGACUUGAUGGAUUGGUUGUCGGGAACACUGUGGAAAAAGGGUGGUUCUCGAUCUCUUGAUGAAUCUCCGUAGUGUAGAUAGGUAACCUUCCAUUACGUUUUGAUGAUUGAUCGGCUUCUCGGUUCGUACCGGUAUGUCUGCGUCUAAAAAUGAGUGAUGUGUGUUGGGGGUGGGUCACGAAUCAGUCAUGAGCAGGAUUUCAUCGUGCGUCGGGUUACAGACGACGAUUUACAGUACGAGCAGUACGAUACGUAUGGUAUUACCGUAUGAGGAUAGACAAGGUGUGACUAAGGAGUGUUUUCUACUGGCACCGGCAACCGGCAUUCAACAGAGCAGAGUACAGUAAUAUAACACUACAGUAGUAGAUGAUACGGUAGGUACCCAAGUACUCGUACGUCCCUGUUCGGCUAUGAUUGAGUUGAAGUUCUGAAGUACAAUGCUGUAGUUGCAGUGAGCUAGUAGGCAUGAAUAUCAAGAACAAAUGAUUCUGAGAUGA